AUGCAAGCCGACAUCGACACUCGACUGUUCUCAACCAUCGACGAUUUUUUUAGUGGCUUGAAUAUCUCAGACGUAGACAACGUUCUACUAAAUUGGAGAACCAUUGACAAAGAUGUUGUGGGGAGUCAUCACGCGGGUACAUUGAGUGCUGACACCAGCGAGCGAGCAAUCGGUAUCAGCCAAUGCAUGCAAGCUCUUUGUGAUACUUUCAUGAAUUUGGAACUUCAAUCAGAUGAGCUCGCACUGGAACUGCGACAAAAAUUGGCUGCUGACGCAACAGAACUACGUACACCAUCAACCUCCCGCUCACCCUCCCCUUCCCGAGCCACUCGCUCCCCAUCACCCUCCUCCUCCCAACUGCCAAGUGGCAACCUCCCAUCCUACAUCCCCCCCUCCUACACCUGGCUCCUCUCCAACCUGCACAACCCCUACCCCUCCACCACCAUCCGCGACACCAUCGCCUCCACCACCAACACCCCCCGGCGCCUCAUCGACGCCUGGUUCGUCGACGUCCGGCGGCGAAUCGGGUGGACCAACCUCAUCGAGGGCCGCAGCGGCCUCAAAGGCGGGGGUGCCCUCACCCACGGGAAAGGCACCCCAGGUGUACGAAGACCGCACAAAACCCUCGGCCCACCCCCGAACCCGAUAAAUAACCUGGUGAACGGGAUCACGGAGGUGCCGAAGUAUAAGACGCGGAAGGAGCUGGUUGCUGCUGCGACGAGGUUUUUUGUGAAGCCUGUGGUUGAUACGAGUGAUGUAGGAAUGGGGAUGGGGUUGGCGUAUUCGGCGAACGCGAACCAUUUGAGUGCGUCGGAGAAUCAGACGUUCACGGUGAUGGCGGAUACGGCGCGGAUGCUUUAUCGGGAUAAGUUGCAUCCGACGGAGUUGGCGGUGGCGGUUACGAGUCGGGUGAAGCAGUGGACGCCCGGGUUGGGCGAGAUGGCGAAGGAGGUUAGGGAGGAGGAGAGGAGGAGGAAGAGGAGUAGGGGGGUUAAGAGGGAAGAAGAAGAGGAGGAGGAGGAGGAAGAAUAUUCGAGUGAUGGGAAGAAACGAAAAAGAUAUACCUCACCCUCCGACUCGUCGACCCCUUCAUCCUCUGCACCAACCACACCCACCGAUGCCACUUUCCCAUCCCCAAACUCAAACACAAACCUCAAACGCAAACGCGCUGUAUCUUUCGCUGACCCCGCCUCUACUUCCUCCUUCCCCACCGUAUCACCAUCAACCAAACGACUCCGCUCAGCGCUCAACUCUGCCGGUGUCUCCAGGAGCGUGUCCGAUCCUACCCCCAUGCCGUUACCCCAACAACAACAACAAGGACAAAUACCACCACACCAACACAGACAACAAACACAAACACCACACCAACAACAACAAUCACAAAUACCAAAACCCCCACCACUAACAUUCGACGGGUUCCCUGCACCCGUGUUAGAUUCGUGGUUCACAUCCCUAACAUCCCCCCCGUCCCAGUCCCAGUCCCAGGGUUUCGCAGUAGAAAAAGACUAUGGGAAUCAAUGGCAUUGGAUCGAUCCCCUGUUUUUUGGGUUUCCGGAUCCUGUUAUCCGCUCUUCGGAGCAGCAGGAGCAGGAGCACGGGGAUGCGUCUAACAGGCUUGCGUAUUUCAGCGGAAACGCUAAUGUGGAUGUUACGAUACCGGAUUUACAUUCCGCGUUCCCUGUAUUCCCUUCAUCGUCGUCGUCCUCCUCGUCCUCGUCGUUGCCCUCGACACCGGCGUUGUCGGCGUCUGGGAGUUUGACUGAGGAGGAAUCUGAAGAACGGGAUAGGGAUGGGAAAGCAUUGACUCCGGGGGAUAUACUUGGUGGUAACACCAACACAACGAACAACGACACCACGACGACGAACAACAACACCACGACGAUCAACAACACCACGACCACGAACGUCGCUGAUAAUACAAAUACAUACCCUGAUUAUCCUCCCACCAACCUCCCCACACUCCCAGACCUCUCUUCCCUCUCCUCUCUGCCUGAUCUCACCUCCUUCCCCACAUUCCCUACACUCCCCACAUCCACAUUCCCCACAUCCGCAUCCGCAUUCCCGAACACAUCGAACUCGAACACAUCCUCGUCGUUUGACACGUUCGAUUUUUCGUCGUUCCCUUCACUUCCCGAGUUCAACCUCAACCUCGAUUCGGAAUUUAAUCUUGAGGAAGGGUUCCCGGAUUUCCUCGUGGACCCGGGGUUUGGGAGUAAUGUGAAUGUGGAUUUCGGGUUUGGGUCGUUUGGAGGUGGGGAUGGAGGUGCAGGGGCUGGGGUUGGUGCAGGGAAUGGGGAUGUGGAUGUGGAUGUGGAUUCGUUCGUGGCGAUGUUGCAAACUCAAUCACAAACUCAGUCUCUGCCUCAAUCCCAAUCCCAAAUUCAAUCCCAGACUCAAGCUCAGUCCCAGUCCCAGACUCAACCUCAAGUCCCGUGGGCCGGUCCCACACCGACGAGGGAAAGGUUUGGAGCGAUAGCGAUAGCGCCUCCGGCGAAUGCUUGA